CAGUCAUUAUCGAGACAAGUAGUUUACUCGCGCGUUUAAUUUCAUAUCACUAAAAAAUCUCAGUGCGCAAGGCGAUUACAAUUCGGUGUUUGACAAAAUGAUAAGCAGUGACGAUCAAAAAUGGAUCGACAAAAGCAUGUCAAAGAUCAUCGAAAAUCUGGGACCAGAUGUCGAUAAAGUUCAAUACGAAAUAUCCGUAACCCCGACGUCAGCUAUCAUGUCUAUUACGUAUUUCAUGCGUGUAAAGUUUACGAACAAAACGAACGGACGGAACGAGGAAAUUGCUAUGGUAUUGAAGAAGCCAAUGCAGACAGAGGUUGCCAGAAAAUACUUUCAAAUCGAAGAUCAGUUACACAACGAGAUUUUAUUUUAUCGCAUGUACGCCAAACCAAACGAGAAUUUUCCAAAACCUUAUUGUCUUCUCGAAAAACCGUUGGAAGAUUCGGUAAUCGCGCUGGAGAAUGUUACUGAUCGAGGAUAUUAUCCGUGUUCCUAUAAAUACGACGCACCUCUGGAAUAUACGUUUGCAGCGGUGCGCGAGAUGGCUCGAUUUCAUGGUAAAGGAUAUGUCAUGAAAGAAAUGGAGCGAGAUAAGUUUUUUGACAUAGUUAAGAAUUUGCAAGAAUCAAGAUAUAAGAAUGAAAACACUCAUUCGAAAAUCAUGAUUAAUACAAAUGCGACGCGAUCGGUGGAGUAUCUUCGCCGUCACGGCUAUGAUACGGUCUUUUGUGACAAAAUGGAAGUCUUGCUCUCAAACGCGUAUGACGAAAUAUUGAUGAAGAUAGUAAAACCGGUGGAAUCUUUGUCCACGAUAUGUCACGGCGACUUUACAAUGACCAACGCUCUCUUUAAGACCGAAGCUAACGGACAAUAUCGAGCGAUGUUGAUCGACUUCGCGCUUAUGAGAUACGGAACGCCCGCCAUUGAUCUUUCCACGUAUUUUUGUAUCUGUUGCCCGAAACAAACGAGAAAGGAUGUGUUUUUGAACAUCAUGCGAGUUUAUCACGAAACACUGAAGGAAUAUCUACUAGAAAAUAACAUAAAAGAUAUAGAGAAAUAUUCCUACGAUGCUUUGUUAAACGAUUACAAGAGAAACGGUCUUCUUGGAUUUUGUAUCGCAUCCUUCUUUUUACCGGUACUAUUUGGUUAUGUUGAGAUAGAAGCAAUUUCAGAACUUGAAACAAAGGGGUCAGAAUAUUUUUCAAAACUAAUGAAAAAGGCCGGCGAAGACACAAUGUCCAAAGUACUUGCUGAUAUGUUGUUACAUCUGGUGAAUAUUGGUUGUGUAGAACACCUUUUAUAACAGUGUGAUUUCAUUCGGGAAGACUGGCAACAAUUUUGAUCGGAACUCGGUAUCAAAGCUAGUGUUCUCUGUGUCUACAUGUAGGAUCAUGUUUUGUGGACAGAAUCUGCUGAGACAAAAUCUUGAUAGCAGACUGAUCGCUAUAGAUUAACAAGCAAGAUGUGCACAGCGCAAAAUGGAAGAAGAUUGCGACAGAGUCUGUCGUUUUUAUAUUUCUGCUGGCAAUCUGUUGAAAGUUUGAGGAAAUAUGUUAUAAAGCAAUGCAAAAGUUAAAUUUUACUUUACUUGUAUUCUAAUAAAAGUUUUUAAUUAUACUAAUUUUUGGUGAGUAAAAAUAUUAUUUUCUAUAAACCUAAAAUUAAUAAUAAAAUAUUUAGUUCACAGACAACUAAUGUAAACCUGAUGAUUCACUGAUGGUAUUAUAUAACUGAGUGUUAUAUGUUACUUUAUUUUAUAUAAUAUAUUAUGUGUACACACUUGUAUUAUUCUUGACAAUAUACCGAAAAUUAAUCAAUAAAACACGCAGCUAACACGAG